ACGGGCCAUGAAUAUUCUGACCACCUAUUUCGAACUCCUGGACAGAUCCAGCGGCUGGGCUGGACAGACGUAGCUUCCUCGGGGGCCCCAGCGCCCCGGGGCAGGUGCCCUCACAGGAGGACUCACCAUGGCGCCAAGGAAAGGUCGUGGGCCCGACGCCCAGGAGUUUACCGGGGUCGUCCCGGACCUCCCCUCCCAACCCCGCAGCCGGGAGCCACUCGACACCGCGAGGGAGAGGAUCUUCCGGCUCGGCCGGAAGUUCUGCUCGGCGGGACAGGAAGUCCCUCCCCUCUGCCGAACGCCGGCGACCCCACGCCACGCAGAGGUGAGGCGACGCAGGACGUCCUCUAUUGCCACUUCCGUGGGUGCUAGGUUAGAGGCCGGGGGCGGUGCUGACCUUGAGAGCGCGCGGGGGGCAGGCGCAGGCGCAGCGCAGGGUCCCCACCUACGGAUCCGUCUUUGUAAGCUGCCAUUCAUUUGGAGAACAGGUCAUAAACUGAAGGGUUGUUUUAGAAUGCUUAAGAAGAGAACAGUCAUAACAGAGCAAGGUUGAGCAGUGUAUGGUCUACUACAUGCACAGAAUCAGAGGCCAAGCAAACUUCAGCACUCAUUUCCUGAGGACCAAAAGCAGCUUCUGUGUUCCUGCCCGAGGGCCUACCCUCUGUGCUUUCUAGGUAAAACUGCCAUGGAUUCCCUCUCCUAAUCGGGAGAAGGUGACUGGAUUGAGUCAUGUUUCACAUGAAGCAUUUUGGCCCCUUAUCUGAACCAGUCAUUACACCUUGAGGCAGUUGUAACUAGGACUGCUGUAAUGAUCUGACAAAAGACCUAUUCCUUCAACAUUACCAGUCAUUAACUCUCCAAGACAAGAUGUGACAUGCCACAGCCCUCAGACAGUUCAUACAGUAGGAGCCUCUUCUUGACAAAUACAAUCCCUUUUCACCUUUGUUCAUGACAAUUUUAUUUCUUUCACAGUGUCAAACUACCAAUUUUUCCAAGUCAGCACUUCCUAGUUGGACCAAGGAAAAUUUUUUUUUUUUCCAAUUUAAGGAGAGGUGCCACUAUCUUUUCACUUUUGAUUGUAUCUUACUUUAAUUGGUCUUCCGUAGAAUAGUAAUUUUAAGUAGAUACACGUUUAAAAUAGCAAAGCUUGAUACUAAUGCCUGUCACUGUUUUCUUUAUCAUUAUUUUUGCUGCAAAUUUUACAAUCUGAGGCAUAAAAGCCUGUUUUAAGCAUAUGCACUACUUCAUGUUCAGUGUGUGCAGUUCUUAUUCUACAGAUGUGAUAUCAAGAUGAAUCCAGCAAUUGGGAUAGUUGACUUAAAGUAGAAGAGAAGUAGGGUGCUCAGGGUAUAGUCUUCAAUUCUUAACUUUAUUUAAGUAAUUUUCUCUACCUAGGAAAUUUUAAAAUAAAUUCUCUUGUAAAAAUGGGAUCAUUGGUUCAAAAUAUCUCAUUUUCCUCCAGUGGUUAAACCUAUGCAAAACUAUGAAACUAAUACCAAAAUUAAGAAGCACUUUUCUUUAAAGCCUUGAUUCCCCCAGAGAGUCUCAUUAGCUAGAAUCCAUGUUCAACCAUUUGAAACCCAAUGCCGCAUGUGAACAGAAGUGGGACAUGGUUCUUUUUCAAUUGAUUUUAAAGGUAACUAGGCCAACAGUACAGGAGUGCAGAGGAAAACUAAACUGAGAGAUGGGAAAAACAGAUCACAGAGGAUAUUAUGGCCUAACAGCAGUCUGAAGAGAGAACCUGCAAAUAACGGUCAAGGAAAAGGCACUCCAUGUCAAGUUUAAGAACUGGCUGAAAGGAAGUUAGGAAAGUGGCUACGCAGUUGCCAGAUGAUAUCCAAAGACAUAAGGGUAUGGGCUGUUACAUUGAGCCUAGAUUUUUCUCUCCAGAAAAGCCUUCUCUAGGGUGUAGAAUGUGUGUGUGUGCUCAGUCGCUCAGCCGUGUCCGACUCUUUGCAGCCCCAUGAACGGUGGCCUGCCCAGACUCCUCUGGCCGUGGAAUUUUCCAGGCAAGAAUACUGGAGUGGGUUGCCCCUUCCUACUCCAGGGGAUCUUCCCCACCCAGGGAUCAAACCCAUGUCUCCUGCACUGGCAGGUGGAUUCUUUCAAAGGUCUAUGAGAUAGAGUUUACCAGGGCUCAGCUUAAGAUAAAAAGAAUGAGAAGGAAGAAAAAAAAAAAAACAAAGAAGGGGCAGUAACUUCAACCCUUGUUCUCUCUUAAAGACUGUCACAAAGAGCCUAACAGCAGAUGAUCUGCAUAGUAAUUAGAAUUGAAUGGAUCGGAUCUCUGAAGAACAAAAGAAGGUCCAGGGCUAAAGUCUGAGUGAUAGAUGGUACCUAAAGUGGUGAGGCUAGGAGGAGAAAGGAAUUCCUUGAGAAGACAGAGAAUAAGGAUCGGUGGAUAUAAGACAACAAACUCGUGAAAGCCCUUAAACUUAAUUAUUAAUUAAUUGACACUUAGGUAAAUUUCAGCUAUUCAUUUACAGAGGAAAUGUGCAUUUAGAAGUUACAGUUAUUUUUAUUCACUUAAAAGUGUAGAUGUUCCUCAGCAUAUAUAAUUUUUUAAAUUAAUAAUCCAAACUAUGAACUAGAAAAGCUAGUGCUAUUACCACGUGACAGUUUUAUGCAGUGGGGUAUAACUGUUUACUUAUUGUUCCAUGUUCUCUCAUUUUUCCUCUCUGUCUUAAUUAGAUUUUCAGUACCUCCAGGGCUGGGUAGAUAUCAUGCAUUGCUUAAAAGCCUGGACCACUGAAGGUUGAUAGAGCAGGUGUGACUCCUAAGCUUCUCUUAUUUGUGUGGCCUUUAGCAAGCUGGCUUCCCUAGUGGCUCAAACGGCAAAGUAUCUGCCUGCAAUCUGGGUAGACCUGAGUUUGAUCCCUGGGUUGGGAAGAUCCCCUCGAGAAGGAAAUGGCAACUCAUUCCAGUACCCUUGCCUGGAAAUCCCAUGGACGGAGAAGCCUGGUAGGGUACAGUCCAUGAGGUCACAAACAGUUAGUUGGACACGACUGAGCGACUUCAUUUUAUCAGCAAAUUAUUAACCUCUCUAAGGUUCGGUUUCUUCAUAUGUAAAAUGGGAAUAAUAGGAAUACCUUCUUGAUAGGGUUAUACUAAGGAAUAAAUAAUGUAAGGUGAAUAAAAUGAUGUAACGUAAACAAAUCAUGUUCAUUUUGUGACAAAUAACACAGCAUUUAAGAACUGAUUUUCACCAGAUUUAUGAUUAUGUUUGGCAAGAUUUGACUGAAACUAAAGAUUUGAAAAUAUGAACAUCCCUCAGGAAAGCUGAAACUGAUGCACGAUAAGGGGCCCCUGGGGGCUACUCACUCACUGGUAGAAACAAGCCACAGGCAAGGAGAUGCAGACAGAAGGGAGUAAAUAAGCAAAGGUUUCUAAGAGACAGGGAUUCCAAGUGCUAGAUGAUUUGCAAUCGACUGCUUCCAACAAGGGCAACUUUAGGUAUGUGCUCCAGAGAAAGCGGCAAUAGCUAACUAUUUAUUUCUUUUUAUAAUGAUACAUUCAGAGGGGAAUGGGAAAAACAAGUUACUAUGUGAGACAAAUGACAGCAUUUACUGACCUCCAAUCAUUGUAAAUACAAGGCCUAGAACAACUGGAUUGGAUUAUAGUUUUAAAGAAACAACUGGACCCAACCACUGAGAUUCCUCACCAGUCUCUGCUUCCAGACCCUCUUCAACCUCCCUCCCUUCUCCCACUUCACGCAUUCACCAGCAGUGUGAAAGCAAUGCCAGUUUUCACCUGUGAUUAGGAGCGGAUUCAUACAAUAAACUGAAAAGAAUCAUUCAAGGAAAAAGAAAAACUUAUACUAUAAUAGAAGACACAUAACAUUCACU